AUUUCAAUUUGGUAUGUUGUUGGGUGAGAGGCUUGCUGGUUAUAAUGUUGCAAAUGUAUAUGAUUAGUCUAAGCACAGCUUAGACUGGAGAUGUUUGAUCAAGUUUGAAGCACAUGGAAUACUACUUACCUGAGAGAAUUCCUAUGUAUGCGUCUGUGUGAGUGUGUCUAUGUAUGCGUCUGUGUGUGUGUGUGUGUGUAUUGGAUAAUGUACACUACGUAUCUAUGUAUGUAUCCAUGAGUCUAUAUAACCCUAUAUAUGUAUCUAGGCCUAUGCAAGUAAAUCUUUAUUUAUCUAUGUUUAUACCUAGGCCUACUAACCUAGGUCUACGAAUGUAGAUCUACAUGUACGUAUCUAGUCCUAUGAAUCUUUCUAUGAAGGUAUCACUCGCUGAGUGUCUAGCCAUACCAACCUAUCACUGUUUUUAUGACUGACAGGAGAAUCACUGCCGGAGGAUUAAGAUUCUGGGGGACUGUUAUUACUGUGUAUCCGGCCUGACACAACCCAAGACAGACCACGCUCACUGUUGUGUGGAGAUGGGCCUGGACAUGAUUGAUACCAUCACGUCGGUGGCUGAGGCCACAGAGGUGAACCUGAACAUGCGCGUGGGCUUGCACACAGGCCGUGUGCUGUGUGGUGUGCUGGGCCUUAGGAAGUGGCAGUACGACGUGUGGUCCAACGACGUCACCCUGGCUAACGUGAUGGAAGCUGGGGGACUCCCUGGCAAAGUCCACAUCACCAAAGCCACCCUGGAGUGUCUCAACGGAGACUACGAGGUGGAGCCGGGCAACGGCCAUGAACGGAACGCCUUCCUUCUCAAGCACGAGAUCGAAACGUUCUUCAUCGUGCCAUCGCACCGACGGAAGAUAUUCCCGGGACUGAUUCUCUCGGAUAUCAAACCGGCCAAGAAGAUGAAGUUCAAAACAGUGUGCUACUUGCUGGUGCAGCUCAUGCACUGUCGCAAGAUGUUCAAGGCUGAGAUUCCCUUCUCCAACGUCAUGAACUGUGAGGACGGGGACAAGCGGCGGGCGAUGCGCUCUGCGCCGGAGAAGCUGAGGAACCGCAACAAGGCCAACCAGCCCAACCCCGUCCAGGCCAGCCCCAGGACCAGGGUCAACCGCUACAUCGGCCGGCUGAUCGAGGCCAGGCAGACCGAGUCCGACACGGCUGACCUCAACUUCCUCACCCUCAUGUAUAAAUGCUCAGAGCGAGAGCAGAGGUACCACCAGCUUCCUGAUGAGUACUUCACCAGCGCCGUGGUCCUCUCCCUGAUCCUGGCGGCCCUGUUUGGCCUGGUCUACCUUCUCAUCAUACCCCAGGGUUUGGUCAUUCUUGUCCUCCUGGUCUUCUGCAUCUGUUUCCUAAUUGCGUGUAUCAUGUACCUCUACGUCACUAAAGUACAGUGUUUUCCGGGGUGCCUCACCAUCCAGAUCCGCACGGCUCUGUGUACCCUCAUCGUGCUCCUGAUCAACGCCGUGGCCCAGGCCUGCGUGGUGGGCUGCAUGCCCUGGGUGUGGGGGGGCUCCGACAUCAACGGCAACGGCUCCAUCCUCGUCCUGGAUGAAGGGUCCGGUGCCGGCGGCGACGGCAGUGGCGUCGGUGGUGUCGGCGUCGGCGGCGUUGGGGUCGCCAACCAGACCAUGGGCGAGCUGCCGUGCGACGGCGCCCGCUACGCCUUCCUCUCCUGCGUGGUGGGCAUGCUGACGCUGGCGCUCUUCCUGCGCGUCUCCUGGGUGCCCAAGGUGGCGCUGACGCUGCUGCUGGCCGUGCUGUACGUCGCCGCGCUGGAGCUCAGCGGCUACCGGAAGAUCGUCGGCGGGGGGUCCCUCUACGUUCGCGGCUGUGAGCCCAUCCUCUCCCUGCUGCUGUUCACCAGCGCCCUGGCCUUCCACUCCCGACAGCUGGACCUCAAACUGCGCCUGGACUUCCUGUGGGCCGUGCAGGCGGAGGAGGAGCGGGACGGCAUGGAGAAGGUGAAGCUGGACAACAGGAGGAUCCUCUUCAACCUGCUGCCGGCCCACGUGGCCCAGCACUUCCUGCAGUCCAACCCCAGGAACAUGGACUUGUACUAUCAGUCCUACGCACAAGUGGGCGUCCUGUUCGCCUCCAUCCCAAACUUCAAUGACUUCUACAUCGAGCUCGACGGCAACAACAUGGGAGUGGAGUGCCUGAGACUGCUCAACGAGAUCAUAGCUGACUUUGACGAGCUCAUGGAUAAAGAGUGCUAUAAAGACAUAGAGAAGAUCAAGACCAUUGGAAGCACCUACAUGGCAGCUGUGGGUCUCCUUCCCACCAUCGGUACAAAGGCUAAGAAGUCUGGGUACGACCACCUGAGCACCAUCGCAGACUAUGCCAUAGAGAUGUUCGAUGUUCUGGACGAGAUCAACUACCAGUCAUACAAUGAUUUUGUUCUUCGUGUGGGUAUCAAUGUGGGCCCUGUGGUGGCAGGGGUCAUCGGAGCCAGGAGGCCCCAGUAUGAUAUCUGGGGGAACACGGUGAACGUGGCCAGUCGUAUGGACAGCACUGGAGUCCCUGGGAAGAUACAGGUGACUGAGGAGGUGUACCGCAUGCUCAACAACAACUACGACCUGGUGUGCCGCGGCAAGGUCAGCGUCAAGGGCAAGGGCGAGAUGCUCACCUACUUCCUGGAGGGCAAGGUGCAGGGCGUCGGCACGGCGACCACCUCCUCGGUGAUGCGCUCCGUCAGCCUGGCGCGGCGGAUACACUCGUGCGGCAAGGCCAGCGUCCAGACCAACCUGGAGAGUGUGUCCUCCAUGGCCAGCCUGACCGUCCACUCCGCCAUCGGGGGCAGCAGCGGGCAGCUACCGUCCUUCGUCGCCGGGGGCAACAGUAGCAGCAGCAGCCCAGGUCCCGCCAGGGGCCUGCCGUCCACCUGCGUGUCGGUGGUGGACGAGGACGAGGAAGAGGAGGGCGCGGGGAAAGGGUCGGGCGGCGUGGGAGCCAAGGGGGUCGUGGUGGAGAUGGUCGGGGGGGGGGCGGUGUAGGUG